AUGCCAACUCAAGUUCAUCAAGAACCGGCUCGCUUUUUCCCUCUUGUGCUCGUGGUCACCGCAUUGAAGUGGAACGUUUUCGAACAAGUACACUUCAUGUGGGUGAUUCCAAUUGCUUUCUUUUUCGGUGUCGUUUUCCCUUUGGUUCGGUGGGGGCUUUCGCGUCCCAACAAUCGGUCGACUCACGUCCCGAUUGCUAGCAUUGCUGACUGCUCGGCCGGCGUGCCGUUGCGGGCGGCUCGAGAGAAGGUAAGUGAUUCGACACAGGUGCCUCCUAGCCCUGUUGUCUUGGCUAAUCGUCAACCCUGGGUAGCUCCAGUGGUUCCAUGCAAGGCGCAAGCCUGCGAGUAUCCUGGUAUGUUGUUUUCUUCACGACCAGUAGCACAAGUGCGUCGUCAUGGCAACAUGUCGGCCUUGGAGGGUGAUGCGGUUAUCAACCCAUCAUCAGCUGUGGAUCUUUUUAAGCCAUCCAAGCAAGUUACAAGCACACGGUCACCACCAAAGUUGCUUCGAGGAAUGGCUAUGCAUAAAGCCAUGCAGCAUGUGUACGGCUUACCGUCACCAACGUCUACUACUACUACAGCAGCAGCAACAACAUCAUCAUCAACAACAUCUGCAUCAUCGUCAUCAUCAUCAACAUCUACAUCUUCUUCAUCUGCAUCUUCAUCAUUGGCAUCUGUAUCAUCAUCAUCAUCAUCCACAUCAUCUGCAUCUUCAUCAUCUUCAUCAUCUUCAUCAUCAUCAUCAUCCGCAUCAUCAUCAUCAUCAUCAUCAUCAUCAUCAUCAUCAUCCAUUGACGAGCUUUGCGAAGCUCUCGACAAGCUCGACAUUUACGAGCCAGACACCGUUCUGCCGGAUGCUGUUCCUGGAACUCCUGAACCACGAGAAGUUGGAGAGAAUGAGGACGUAAGUGCCUCGGAACCACAAGUGCAAGACUUGGAAGAUGUCACGAUGGGAUCGCCAUCACCUUCACCACCACCACAAUCGCCAUCGCCACCACCACCACCACCACCACCACCACCGCUUUUUUAUACCCAGGCGAUCCCACCACCACCAUUGCCACCACCACCACCACCACCCAUCAUUUAUCCGGAAGCAACACCGGAAGUAGUAGUAGCAGCAAUAGUCGUAGCAGCAUCAUCAGCACCAGCGGCAUCAGCAAUACCUGUUGCAUCUAGCACAGGUAGCAGCAACAACAACAACCGCCAACGGUUACAGUUCCGAAGACCGGCAUUUCGGCCUCGAAGUCGUCUAAGGACGCAGAGAACAAGUGGGGAGCCACCACCACCACUUCCAAGACCACCACCAUCACCGUUAAUAUCACCACCAUUAAUACCGCCACCACCACCACCACCACAACCAUCAUCAUCGUCACCAACACCAACACCAUCAUCAUUACUAUCAUCAUUAUCAGCAUUAGCAUCAUCAUCAUCAUCAUCACCGCCACCAUCAUCAUCACCGCCGACAUCAUCAUCACCGCCACCAUCAUCAUCACCACUGCCAUCGUCAUUUUUGGACUUUUUGUUAUCACCAUCAAUACCGCCAUCAUACUUACCAUCAUCAUCAUCAUCACCACCGCCACCAUUAUUAUCAUCAUUACCACCGCCACUACUACCACCACCAUCACCAUCAUCAUCCGCAUUGCCGUCAUCGGCAGAAGAUCAGCCAGCACCACCAUCAUCCAUAUUGAACGAAUACGCGGCUGAAGUUGAUGCCUUCAUUGGUGGGGAUGAUAUCCUCGGAGAGAUCUUGGGCUUUGACGAAGACCCAUACGAUGCAUUAGUCUUUGAUUAA